GUUAUCAAAAUGGCGACGAUAAAAGAAGCCGUGACUAUGUACCAGCAACUUAAUAAAGAAUGGGCAAGGAAGCCUCCAGCCGUUGAUAAAUGUGGCGAACUCCUUGCUAAACUAAAGAUCAUGUUAUUGAAUCUUCAGUUUUUGCCAACAGAAGAAGGUUCACCAUCGAAACAAGAACUUAUUAUUGCACGUGAUAUCCUUGAAAUUGGUGCACAGUGGAGUAUAGCCACAAAAGAUAUCCCUUCAUUUGAACGUUACAUGGCACAGUUGAAAAUAUAUUACCUGGAUUUUAAGAAUGAUUUGCCUGAGUCAGCUUACAAAUAUCAGUUACUUGGUCUUAAUCUUCUCUGUUUGCUGUCACAAAAUAGACUUGCUGAAUUCCAUACAGAACUAGAAUUACUGCCAUCAAAAGAGAUCCAUAGUAAUAUUUAUAUCAAACAUCCAGUCUCAAUGGAACAGUAUUUAAUGGAAGGUAGUUAUAAUAAGGUAUUUUUAGCCAAAGGUAAUGUGCCAGCAGAGAGUUACAACUAUUUUAUUGAUAUAUUACUGGGAACAAUAAGAGAUGAGAUUGCAGCAUGUACUGAGAAGGCAUACGAGAAAAUAGCUUUCAGUGAGGCAGCCAGGAUGUUAUUUUACCAGAAACAGAAAGAAAUGAAAGAAUAUGCAACAAAGAGAGGAUGGUCUUUGGGCAGUGACAACUAUUUUCAUUUCCUGAAUGAAGAGAAAGAAACAGAAGAAACAAUACCAUCAACUGAAUUAGCACAGCAAGCUAUAGUAUAUGCAAGAGAAUUAGAAAUGAUUGUAUAAGUGCUAUUACUACCUGUACACCUUAAUAGUUUCCCAUAACAACUUUAUCCAUUGAACUGCUGCGAGAGACUAAGCUUUUCAGCUCAGUAGUUUUUGUGACUAGUUAGGUAUAUGCAAAUUCAGAGUGGAUGUAAAAACAGUGUAAACCCUGCUUGUAUCUUGUAGGUUUGUGUAUACUCUUUUAUGAAUAUUGACAGUAAAGUUAUUUCAGUUUUCAAAAGCCUGCUUUGAAUGUAUGAAUGUAUUCAUUUUUGAAAACUAAAAUUGAUGAAAGGGACAACUCUAAAAUCGAACAUCUGAGGGACCCCACACCCCCUAAAAGUUAGAUAACACUGCAUGGCUUGAGCCA